AUGUCAGACUCAAAUUCGUCAUCAGCCCCCGCCAAGGACACAGGCUAUGUUCCAGGCGACGAUUUCUCUACGCAAUGGAGGAACAUCUUCUCCAUAUUGACUGGCCGAAUGACCCCCGAAGGACAAGAGCAAUUCCGUCUUGCGAAAGAUAUCCGGAAUGAGGCUGCAGAUUGCAAGCGUUGUGAAGAUCAGCGUGAUUAUCUUUUACAAUUCAGUCCUGUCGUUCGAUAUCUAAGCGAUAACAUUCGCCAGUUAGGCGGCGAUCUGGGAAGUCACAAUAUCCAUUGCAGGCGAUGUACACAACGGAAAGCAGGGGGUUUCGAUCCAGAGUUUGGUAUUCAGAUUUGCGCAAAUGAGAUGCGUGACCAAGGUCAUUUGGAGGACACACUGGCACAUGAAAUGGUACAUGCAUAUGACCACCUUCGGUUUAAAUUGGACUGGGAUAGUGAUUUAAGGCAUGCCGCAUGCACUGAGAUCCGCGCAAGUUCUCUCAGUGGCGAGUGUCGAUGGGCUCGAGAAUUCUUCCGAAGAGGUCAAUGGAAGCUUACGCAACAACACCAGGAAUGCGUUCGAAGAAGGGCAAUUCUCUCUGUGCGCGCGAGACCAUUCUGCAAAGACGAGGCACAUGCGGAGAAAGUUGUGAACGAGGUGUGGGAAAGUUGUUUCCGUGAUACACGCCCCUUUGACGAAAUCUAUCGAUGA